CUCCUCAUCAACAACCUCCUUCUCAACCCGUCAUACGUACCUUGUGGAAGUAGUCUCAAGAAAGAAUGGCGCUGAAUACUAGGAAUGCAAUCGUUGCCGUUCUCCUCCUCGUCGUGAUGGUCGUGGCGGUCUCAACACCAGCAGUAACUGCCCAAGAGGACUGCUGGGACAAAUGUUUCAAGGACUGCAAGGCAAAAAUGGCAAUGGAAGUGUGCAACCAAAAGUGCAUUGACUUUUGCAAGUAUCAAGCUGGAGCCGGAGAAUAUGUUAAGAUGGCUGGCGAUAAACUCAAGGAGGCCAAAACUGCCUCUCCAGAACAGGCCACUAAACUCAAGAAUGAAGCUACCACCUACUUAGAACGUGCCAAAGUCCUCAGCGAUAAAGCCGUGACCCCGUGAGUGUGAGUGCGCGCUCUUUUGUCUAUCGGUGUCGCUGCUGUUAUGGUGUCUAUGGAUGUUUUAUUUAUUUACUAUUAAAUUGUCGCGGUUGCAUCCCAUAUUUUUUGGUUUCUUUCAUUUUUGUCUCUUUGUUAACAGACCGUCUUUUGUAUUAUGACGACAUGCUUGUUCCGGUGACUCCCUUUCUCUGUUUUUAUUGUCGAGAUUACUCAUGUAUAAUGGUUUUCCAUUGAUUUGGAUACAUAAUAAUAAAGAUUCUUGCUUCCUUUUUAA